AUGGCUCCAAAGCGCAAGCUCCAAGGGCAGCAUGAGGGUCCUGAGAAGAAGGGGCGACAGGGGGCAGAAAAGGAGGACAGUUUCCGUUCCACUGCUGAGGCCCUCAAGGCCGCGCCCACAGAGAAGUGCAUAGCCCGAGUGGACCCCUCAUGUCCACUCAGCUGCAACCCUGGAACCCAGGUGCAUGAAGACUACGACUGUACCCUGAACCAAACCAACAUUGGGAACAACAACAACAAGUUCUACAUCAUCCAACUGCUGGAAGAAGGUGACUGCUUCUUCUGCUGGAACCGCUGGGGACGCGUGGGAGAGGUUGGCCAGUCCAAGCUCAGCCGCUUCGUGUCACUGGAGGAUGCGAAGAAGGACUUUGAGAAGAAAUUUCGGGACAAGACCAAGAACAGCUGGUCAGAGCGGGACCACUUUGUGGCCCACCCUGGCAAGUAUACACUUAUCGAAGUGCAGAGAGAAGACGAGGCCCAGGAAGUCAUGGUGGACGGAGGCCCAGUGAGGGCUGUGGUUCAGCAGGUGCGGCCCUGCUCCUUGGAUGCAGCCACACAGAAGCUCAUCACCAACAUCUUCAGCAAGGACAUGUUUCAGAAUGCCAUGGCCCUCAUGAACCUGGAUGUGAAGAAGAUGCCACUGGGGAAGUUGAGCAAGCAGCAGAUCGCCCAGGGGUUCGAGGCCUUGGAGGCAGUGGAGGCAGCCCUGAAAGCCCCCGCAGAUGGUGGGCGCAGCCUAGAGGAACUGUCCUCCCACUUCUAUACCGUCAUUCCCCACAACUUCGGCCGCAGCCGGCCCCCGCCCAUCAACUCCCCUGAGCUUCUACAGGCCAAGAAGGACAUGUUGCUGGUGCUGGCGGACAUCGAGCUGGCACAGACCCUGCAGGCAGCCCCCGAGGAGACAAAGAAAGUGGAGGAGGUGCCUCACCCACUGGACCGAGAUUACCAGCUCCUCAAGUGCCAGCUCCAGCUGCUGGACCCAGAGAUGCCUGAGUACAAGGUGAUACAUGCCUACUUAAAACAGACUAGCAACAGCUGCAGGCCCCCUGCUCUUCAACACGUUUGGAAAGUGGACCGAGAAGGGGAGGGAGAUCGGUUCCAGGUCCACGCCAAGCUGGGUAAUCGGAAGCUACUGUGGCAUGGCACCAACGUGGCCGUGGUGGCUGCCAUCCUCACCAGUGGGCUCCGCAUUAUGCCACAUUCUGGAGGCCGUGUUGGCAAGGGCAUCUACUUCGCCUCAGAGAACCGCAAGUCGGCUGGCUAUGUUACUGGCAUGUCCUGCGGGGCCCAUCACAUUGGCUACAUGUUCCUGGGUGAGGUGGCACUGGGCAGAGAGUACCACAUCACCGUCGACGAGCCCAGCUUGAAGCAGCCACCCUCUGGCUUUGACAGUGUCAUUGCCCGUGGCCACACAGAGCCUGAUCCAACCCAGGACACUGAGCUGGAGCUAGAUGGCCAGCGAGUAGUGGUGCCCCAGGGCCCGCCCAUGCUCUGCCCAGAGUUCAGAAGCUCCAGCUUUUCCCAGAGCGAAUAUCUCAUCUACCAGGAGAGCCAGUGCCGCCUGCGCUACCUGCUAGAGAUUCACCUCUGA